AACAUGCCAGGCGCGAGGAUAGACUUCCACUGCCUCUUUGACCAAGAGAGUCUCUCUUACCUUUUCCUCGUAACUUUCUCCAUCGUUCCUUCAAAGACCAAGAAGCUCCUCUUCCUCUUCCUUCUUGCCUCUUCGAAAAACCCAGAACCAAAAAAGAAAAAAAAGAACAGAGGGAAAGAUCAUCUGCAAAUCUCGGGACGUGGGUCUCAGUUCUGGCAUCUUUGGUGAUUCAUCGAAAGUUUGGGAUUCCUUUGCUUGUUUGGUCUGUGAAGACAGAAAGAACAAGAUAUGGGAAUUGAUGUUGGAGGAGCUGCUGUGGGAGCAGCAUUCAAUGAGCUGUUCACGGCCGUUAGAGAGGUGGUGCAAACCAUCAAAGCCUUUGGUCUCCAGCUCAAGAAGAUCGAAAACACCUUGGGCAGAAUAGAACCAAUCAUUAGGGAUUGGGACGAGUUCAACAACCGGCUGGACCGUAAUCCGAAAGAGAUGCGUCCGAUCAAGGAACUAUUGAAUAAAGGCAAAGGACUGGUCCAGAAGUGCUCAAGUAUCCACCGGUUCAACAUGCGCAAGAAGUAUACGCACUCCAAGAAGCUGAAGGCAUUCGAUGCAGAAUUACUGGGUGAUUUCAAUCUUUACAUCGGCCUGCUGGAUGCAAGAAACAACGGCGAGACGUUGUACGAGGUGAGGGAGAUGAGGACAGAAUUCGACAGGUUGAUUAGUUCCCGCAAAGCAAACGGUGUUGUCCUCCAGAGUGGAUUCGGGGCUUCAGGCAACCUCGCGGUCCCUGACGCGCCCGAUUUCGUUGUUGGGUCAGUGGUGGAGGCGUCCUUGAGGAAGCUCAGGGAGCAGUUGCUGGAGGAGGGAGUGUCUGUGAUUGUUGUGACUGCCCCGGGCGGGUGCGGGAAGACGACCCUGCUUAAGAAAUUGUGUCAUGACAUUGAUAUCGAAGGCAAAUUCAACAUCAUGUUCGUCCCUGUCUCGAAGAAGCCCACCCUGACAGACAUCGUCCGGAAAAUGAUUCAACAUAAUGGUUUAGAUGUACCUGAGAUUGUAACAGAAGAUGAUGCAGUUCGUUACUUGCAGCAACUGCUCAUCAAAAUAGGCCAAAAUCCUGUGUUGCUUGUGCUGGACGAUGUUUGGACCGACUCGCAAUCCAUAAUUGAGAAAUUUGUCUUCAAGAAGAUCAAACAUUACAAGAUUGUGGUGACAUCAAGAUAUGAAUUUCCUAAUGUUGAUCUUGUGCAUCACCUGAACCCAUUGCCUCAUGAGGAAGCCCUGGAACUUUUUCAUCGAUCUGUUACUGUCGAUGGUAGAAGGUUGGUUGCGCCAGAUGAUGAGCUCUGGGAUAAGAUAGUGAAACGCUGUAAGGGAUUGCCAUUGGCUCUUACGGUCGUUGCCAAGUCUCUCCGAGGAAAGGAUCGUUCGUUUUGGGAAACAAAGCUUCUUAAUUUGUCCCAUUUGGGUUUGGACAGUGACAUUCUAGAUUGCCUCAGAAAGAGUUUGGAUGACUUGGAUGGUAACACUUCGAUCAAGGAGCGUUUCAUGGACCUUGGCUCAUUUCCAGAGGAUCGCAAGAUUCCUGCCACUGCCCUUAUUGAUAUGUGGGUGGAGUUGUACAGGCAAGAUUUCGAUGGCACACUCGCCAUUAAUGACCUCCAUGAACUCUUUUACAGGAACCUAGCUGAUCUUGUAAUCACCAGGAGAGAUUCAAAUGAGGACGAGGACAAAUGUUACAGCAGCCACUAUGCUACGCAACACGAUCUGCUCAGAGAGUUGGCUAUCAUGGAGUGCAACCAGGGGGAUGUAGAGAACAGAAAGAGACUCAUUGUGGACUUAACCACAAAUAAUUUUCCUGAUUGGUGGAGUAAGCAAAAGCAACCGACUCUUAGUGCUCAUCUAGUGUCAAUCUCCACAGAUGGAAGAUUCUCACCACCUUGGCCGGAUCUUCAAUUACCUGAAGCUGAGGCUCUUGUCUUGAACUUCGAGACCAACCAAACCAAGACUUAUGCUUUGCCGGAUUUUAUUGAGAAAGCAGAUAAGCUCAAAGCCUUAAUAGUAACAAACUAUAGCUUCUUUCCAGCUGAGCUACGCAAUUUCCAUAUGGUUGGGUCUAGUUUAAGGAGGAUUAGGCUCGAACGUGUCAUGGUUUCUUUCCAAAGCAUGGGAAAACUACGCUUGCAUAGUCUACAAAAGAUGACUUUUUUCAUGUGUGAAAUAGGGCAGGCUUCAACGUCGAACGACGCCAAAAUCUCCGAUGCAAUGCCAAACUUAAUGGAGCUCGACAUCGACUAUUGCAAUGAUCUCGUGACAUUACCAGAUGGCAUCUGUGAGAUAAAGCCUCUAAAGAAGCUUAGCAUCACAAAUUGCCAUAAUUUCUCUACACUCCCAGAACAGCUUGGGCAAUCGACUUCCCUUGAAGUGGUUAGGCUUAAUUCAUGCACAAAUUUGUUGCAAUUACCAAUCUCAAUUGGAACUCUCCAAAAAUUGAUCUCUCUCAAUAUAUCCGAUUGCUUGAGCUUGAGUACUUUGCCCAGUCAAAUUGGUCAACUAAAUAAUCUCAAGAGGAUAAAUAUGAGAGGAUGUCUGAGAUUGUCUAUGCUGCCACGGUCAAUUGUAAGGUUGAGGAACCUGAAGAAGGUGAUUUGCGACAAAGAAAUAGAAAUCUUGUGGGAGCCUCUCAAGUACAGUCUCAAUAGUUUGAAUAUAAUGGUACCUGAAGAAGAGGCUAACUUAGAUUGGUUGUGUGAUUAAGAAUGAGGCAAUCAACUGAUCUUUGAGCUUUUUGUAUAUGUUAAAGUGUUGUCUUUGAACCAUUUUAUUUAUUGGUUUCUUUUUAGCUGUUUGUUCUAUUUAUUUCCUAUAGUUUGCGCUUAUUAUUAUUA